ACAUUGAACUAUGAUUUAAGACAGACUGGCGUGUUCUUCACGUCCCUUCUAAAAGAAACAUGUAAUUUUUACUAGAAUGAGACAGCAGUGAGACAUCUGUAGUGGCAUUACAUAAUGAGCGAUACUACAGACAUCCAUACUGGAGUUACAGAAUGCAUUAUGAACAUGGCCGAGGAAGCAAGGGAGUUGUACCUGGAUAAACAGGUGCCCGUUAUCAGCGCCCCCGUAUCACCACUAAGAUUUUACAGGGAACACGUAGCUUCCAAUAAACCCGUGGUCGUGGAAGGUGCACUCCAACACUGGCCGGCUCUAAAACUCUGGGAGGAAUCUUACUUCAGAAAGAAGAUCGGUGACGUGAACGUGUCUGUAACCGUCACACCCAAUGGAUACGCGGACGCCGUAACUGACGGGAAGUUUGUUAUGCCUGAUGAAAGAAAAAUGACAAUGUCCAAGUUUCUCGACGAGUUGGACGCACCAAAGAAAGACAAGGUGUUUUAUAUACAGAAACAAAACUCAAACCUGACAGAGGAAUUCUCCAGUAUCAUCAGUGAUGUUGACACUGAUAUUGACUGGGGCACCGAGGCGUUUGGACAGCCACCUGAUGCUGUUAAUUUCUGGAUGGGUGACGGCAGAGCAGUGACCUCAAUGCACAGAGAUCACUACGAAAACCUAUACUGUGUUGUGAGAGGAUGGAAGACGUUUAUCCUGAUACCACCGACCGAUCUAGCCUAUGUUCCUUAUGAAAUAUAUCAAAGUGCUUCUUAUCGGGAGAAUGAUCAAGGUGGAUUUGAAAUUGUCGACGACGAGGAAACUGGCAAGGUACCCUGGGUGGCGAUCGAUCCUGAGAGUCCGGACCUUGAUCGUUACCCCCAGUAUGGACAUGCACGACCCCUGAAGGUGACGGUACAUGCUGGUCAGAUGCUAUAUCUACCGUCCCUCUGGUUCCAUCACGUCAGUCAAUCCCACGGCUGUAUUGCAGUAAACUACUGGUACGACAUGCAGUUUGAUAUAAAGUAUAACUACUACAAGUUCCUGGAGAACGUAGCCAAUACUGUGUCAUCAAGCAGCACGUAACUCUCAGUUUGAGUACUGAGUCUCAUAACUACUGUGUCUACAAGUAUCACGUGACCCGCAGUCUGACUGGUGAGUGUCAUCAAAACUGAGUCUACAAGUAUCACGUGACCCGCAGUCUGAAUGGUGAGUCUCACAAAUACUGUGUCUACAAGUAUCACGUGACCCGCAGUCUGACUUGUCUCAUCAAAACUGAGUCUACAUACAUCACGUGACCCUCUGAUGAGCCUACAAGCAUCACGUGAUCCGCAGUCUGACUGGUGAGUCUCACAAAUACUGUGUCUACCAGUAUCACGUGACCCGCAGUCUGACUGGUGAGUCUCAUCAAAACUGAAUCUACAAGCAUCACGUGAUCCUUUGCCAGACUUGAGUUUCAUCAAUAAUGAGUCUACAUGCAUCACAUGAUCUUCCGAUGAGUCUACAAGUAUCACGUGAUCCUCAAAGUGACUGGUGCGUCUCAUCAAUACCGUGUCUUUUAAUAUCACAUCUAUCUGAUUGAGUCUACAAGCAUCACGUGACCCUCAGACUGUCUGGUGAUUUCCAUCAAUACUGUGUCUUCAAGCAUCAUGUGAUCCGCAGUCGGACUGGUGAGUCUCAUCGAAAUUGAGUCUGCCAGCAUCACGUGAUCCCCCGCCAGACUAGAGUUUCAUCAAUAAUGAGUCUACAAGCAUCACGUGAUUCUCCGAUGAGUCUACAAGCAUCACGUGAUCCUCAAAGUGACUAGUGUCUCUCAUCAAUACCGUAUUUAUUAACAUCACAUCUAUCUGAUUGAGUCUACAAGCAUCACGUGACUUUCUAGACUUUCUGGUGCCUCUCAUCAAUACUUUGUCUACAUCCAGACUAAUUGGUGGGUUUCAUCAAUACUGACUUUAGAUGUGUUUCAUCGAUACUGUGUCUACAGGCAUCACGUGACCAUGAGACUGACUGGUGCUUCUCAUUAAUACUGUGUCUAUAUUCAGACUGAUUGGUGAAUUUCAUUUAUACUGUGUUUAGAAGCAGCACGACAACUUCAGACUGACUGGAGAGUUUCACCAUUGUAUGUCAUAUUUGACUUGUAUUUUGAGUACAUUAAAGAUUUGUUGGCUUAGGACUGUGAUGUUUCUGUAUAAAUCUCUGGACAAUAAAGGAUUAACUUAUAA